AUGGUGCGCUACCAGAUGUUGUCACGGGAUGACAUCGUAGCCAUCUCAUCUCUCCACAAGGCUGGGCACUCCACACGGGCUAUCUCUGACCAGACGGGUGUCAGUGUCCGUCAAGUUCAACGAUACGUGAGGCGCAUGGCUGAAAUGGGCGGCAACAAAAUACCCGCGAAGAGGAAACCACCAGGAAACACCCGCAAAACUUCCCUACGAACCCUGAGGGUGGUACACCUUGAACUUGAACGCAAUCCACGAGUAUCAGCCAGAAAAAUAAGGGAAGACAACUUUGGAUUGCUGAGUAAUGUGUCUGUGAGGACAUUAUCGCGCCGUAUCCACGACGACCUCCAGUACCUGAGUUAUGCAGCGCGCCCCAAGCCUGUGGUUUCUGUAGCCCAGCAAGAGAAGAGACUUGCAUUUUGUGACAGGAUGAAGGACUGGACUAUCGAGCAGUGGCGUGGCGUGCUGUGGAGCGACGAGUCAAGAUUCAUAGUGACAGCCAGCAGUCAAGGUCGCGUGUACCGGCGCCCAGGCAGCGAUCCCCUUGACCCCCGCUACACUGCUCCUGCCGUCAGGUUCCCUGAUUCGUUGAUGGUAUGGGGAUGCUUUUCCUACCAUGGGGUGGGGAGCCUCGUGGUGUUACCCAAGAACACCACAAUGAAUCAGGGGAAUUAA